GUAAUGUACCUUACGUAUUCAAUUAUGGAAUGAAAUUAUUUCACAUUAUGUGUAACAGGCGUUUAAGUGUUUUCUGUCGUGUACAAAGCAUUUAUACGUAUGGAGUGCCGCAGCACAGACAUUCGAAAUAUUUAAAACUCUGUUAAACACAUCUAGAUGAUAGAUCGUUCGCAUUUCUUUCGUAUCAAGUUUUAUAUUAAGGAAUCGAUCGUGUACAACACAGCUAUUUGGGUUACGGUUAAUCACUGAAAACAUUGAGUGUAAAUGGAGUAUUUUAAAGAGUCAUAAAACGCGUUAAUCAAGAUGUGCAUUAUAAAAAAGAGACGCAAUCAUUUAUUGGAAAUGCGUGAGAAUGCACUGUUAUGCUCACUAUAGUAUAAUAUAGUUCUUUUCAAAGCAGAAAUGUGUUAUUACAAGUUGCACAAUGUUCGGAUAAAACCAUGUUAGUAAUGAUCAAAGUUAUUGUGAAUUUUCGUUUUUCAUCGGGCGUCAAUUUCACUAGCAGGGUGUGAAAGAUGGGGGAUAUGUAUGGUUUAACCGACUUUUUCGGCAUGUCAAUGGAUAACCUACCGGAUUUUGUUCAAAAACUGACAGCUGAUGCGAUCACACCUGGCAGAAUGUCAGUACUCUCUGACAACUAUGGUGGGUGUACAAGCACGACGUCAUGCGCGGACCUGACAGAGAUAACUCCCAUGUCCAGUGCCAGUCAUAUGGUCAUACCAGUUUCAAUACCCAAGCCAGUUUUAGAAUCUACCUCGUCAAAACCAAAUGAUGUCAAACCAAAAAUAAAAACAGAGGCAAGCAGUAUUCAGCCGGCUGAUUCCAACUCGCCCAAGCAACCGUUUGUCCCGUGCAAGGUGUGCGGGGAUCGGGCCUCAGGGUACCAUUAUGGUGUGACCAGCUGUGAGGGAUGUAAGGGAUUUUUUCGGCGUAGCAUACAGAAGCAGAUUGAGUACCGCUGUCUGCGGGACGGCAAAUGUAUGGUGAUACGUCUUAAUAGAAACCGGUGUCAGUACUGCCGUUUUAAGAAGUGUUUGGCCGUGGGAAUGUCAAGAGAUUCGGUGAGAUUUGGACGAGUACCGAAGCGUUCCAAAAGCAUGGAAGAGUCGCAGGUCAGCUCCACGGAACACAUGCUGGAACAGAACUCAAUUGAAAGCAAGCAGCUUGCAAUAUAUGAUAUCAUCCUCAACGUUUCUCAGGCCCAUCUCGCUAACUGUGGAGUCACGGAUGAUAAAUUGAAGUGUCUUUCGCGUCGACAUGCAACACUGAUGACCAAGAUUGAGAUUCCAGCGCAGCCUGUGCAGUUCUCUGAUGAGGAGCUUGAGACCCAGCGGUUCCUCAUGUGGCAAUGUUAUGCACACCUCACCACCCCAGCCAUUCAGAGUAUGGUGGAGUUUGUAAAACGAGUACCAGGAAUCCUUGACCUUGCUCAAGAUGACCAGCUGAUCCUAAUCAAGAUGAGCUUCUUUGAGAUGUGGGUGACGCGAAUGGCGCGCAUGUUUGCCUUCGACGACGCCUCGCUGACCUUUGAGGACGGCAGUGUCAUUCCGAAGGAUGAGCUCUCUGUCGUGUACUCGCCUGAGUUUGUGAGUGCCCUGUUUGAUGUCGCCGGCAACAUUAACAAUCUCAACCUGAACGACACAGAGAUAGGCCUGCUCUCUGCCGUCAUUCUGGCCACUCCAGAUCGCCAUGGUAUCCGAGACCCGAGAGCAGUGGAGGCACUUUGUGACAAACUCAUCGAGGCCCUGAAACUGCAGUUGAAGCGGAACCACUCGACUGAGGAGAAUCUGUUCGGCACUGCGCUGGUGAAAUUAUCAGAGUUACGGGUCUUGGGUUCCCAUCAUAAUGAGCUGUUGAAGUACUACCGCGCAAACUGGCACCGUUGCAGAAUACCUCCGUUGUUUUCGGAGAUCUACGACGUUCCGAAAAAUGACACAUACUUGUAUUCAGAUCAGGGGCACAUAGGGAACAAUAUACCUCAGUUGUGAUUGCGUGUUUUGUUGCAAAGUUUUACAGAUUCAACUUGGAAAAGGUUGUUUUCCAACUUGAAUCUUUGGGCAGGGACUUUUUGAAUUGGAUUUAAAUAUUCGGUAAAAGGUUUAGCAAUAACAGAUUGAAAUGAUUCAGACUGUACGUCACUGAAUUAAUUUAAGGCAUCUAUUUCAUAAACAGGCCGUUAAAUAAUAUCUGUUGAAUUAUUAUUGCAAAACUUAAUUUGUGUGGUAAAAGAUGGUUAUUUACUGCAGGUUGGAUUAUAUUUUCAAAAAAUUUUUUUACAGUGUUAUAAGCAUGUUUGGUUAAGAUUAUAUGUAUGUUGUAAUUGUAUCAUGAAUAAUCCUGUGAUGGAAUGGAAUACCGGUAUCUCUACAGAAACCUAACAUCAUAUUCAUUGCACCCUUUUAUGAAGGAGUAGUGAAAAAAUUACAUAUUUGUAACACUGACUAAUAUAGUUAAAAAAAGAAAUGAGAAUUUCAUAAUGAAAGCUGGAUUUGAGCAGAAAAAAGUUCAAAUAAACAAUGGCAUUGAAUGUGAAAACAAUAAAGCUACCAAAGUUUUCGCAGUUGCAACCUGUUUCAGUCAUAAAUAUGCCCUGUUGAAAUAACCUUGUUACAUGAAUAAAAAAAUCACUUUUCUUCAAAUUAUGUUUAUAUUAACAUGACAUUGUAAUAGCCUAGUUAACAGUAGGGUUUAUAGCUUUUACUACUAUUUGUUGUUGUUUCGCCAGUAUUCAAUGUUUAAAUCUCUUGUUUGACCUCAUGUUUUCUUAAACACUUUUUGAACUGAUAUAACUUUUUUCAUUUGUUAACCAAUGCAUUUUUUACGGGUCAUAAAAUUGUUUGUGCUCUUGUUUGUAACUUUAAGAGCAAUUACUGUGCAUGAUUUGGGAAGAUUUCCUGGCACGUUUUAAAAAUUAAACAGUUUAUUUAACAGUUCUCGGAUAUAUACUCCUGCAAUGCCCACCAAUCACCGUUUUUAGGCAAUUUUCCUGUUUUUGCCAUGGUUUGACCCUUAUUAGUGUACAUCUUUAUAAGUUUCAAAGAUUCAAAUAAUUAUCAAAGCAUAUGUUUAUAUGAUUUUAAAUGUACUUAGACUACACAAGUCAUAGAGUACUGCAAUAAAACAAAUGCUAAAUUUUACCUUUUUCUCAAAUUGUCUCAGAAUUUAUUUCCACAUCAGUUGAAUUGUUAAAAAAUAUUUGAUAUUUUAUAACUGUUUUCCUCUUUGAUACCGGUACAUAAUGCUAGAUGGAUUUUUAUGCAUUUUACUAGAAGAGAGAGAAAAUACUUAGAAUUAUUAUUGUUUUGUUAUUCAGAAAGACAUCAGGAGAUUUAAUCGUUGAUCUCACUUUGAUGAUUAUAACCGGUGCUUGUUUCCACCCAUUUUAUUGUUAGUGGAUUUCGAGAGCAGAUUUUAUGUAGACAUUUUAUUGUUGUUGGUUUAUGCAAUAUAUAUUUUUAUUAAGUUGAAUACUUUCCUGUAAUUUUUCAUAAAACUAGGAAUUAAUUCAAUCAUGUGCUUAAAAUACACAUACGAGCUGGACUCUGGUAAACCGGUCUUUGUGCAUGUGUGACAACCCUUUCCCACUCAAAAGCGUAGUGAAAGUGGCUAUGUGCAAACAGCGUAAAACCAGAACAGCCUGCGAGUAACACGCAGUCUGUUCAGGUUUUAUGCUGUUUGCUGCUCAUUAGUAUCUAAGGGUUGGAAAUGAAGCCUUUAAACUUUAAUCUAGUAAGGAAUGUCUUGAAUUAAAUUUAACUUUCUAAGGGACGGACCACAAAUGCGUCAAAAUAUAUAUGCAAGUGGUAAAGUUUUAAGUCAGUGAUGACAUCUGCACUAAUUUCAAUUAGCCAUAUGGUUUUCCCAUAGCUCUCAUAUUAGUUAGCACUCAUGUUAACUUGACCAUUAAAAUAUUGUUGUCAGUCGUGCAAAACGGCAAAUAUUUUCUCCGUCUUGUGAAGCAUACAUUUUUUGUCAGGUACAAAAACAUUGUAAUAUAAUUAAGUGAUAGUAUAUAAAAGAUACAAGGGCAAAAGCUUAAAUUAACAUUAUCAGAAAUUAGUAUUUCAAGAUAUAUACCAUUUGUUUUAUUCAUUGAACGGAUGUGAAUGAUUACUUAAGUUACAAUCAGUACAAAUGUUAUCAUGUAUUAGGAGAUGGCUGGACGUGAACAUUAACCCAUUUAUGCCUAGUGGACUCUCCCUCAUUCUAAAUUGGAUCAAUUUAUUUCCAAAAUUAGGGAUGUCUAGUAUAUUUAUGCCCCCCUUUGAAGAAGAGGGGGUAUAUUGUUUUGCACAUGUCGGUCCGUCCGUAUGUCCAUCCACCAGAUGGUUUCCGGAUGAUAACUCAAGAACACUUAGGCCUAGGAUCAUGAAACUUCAUAGGUACAUUGAUCAUGACUAGCAGAUGACCCCUUUUGAUUUUGAGGUCACUAGGUCAAAGGUCAAGGUCACGGUGACCGGAAAUAGUAAAAUGGUUUCCGGAUGAUAACUCAAGAACACUUAUGCCUAGGAUCAUGACACUUCAUAGGUGCAUUGAUCAUGACUCGCAGAUGACCCGUAUUGAUUUUCAGGUCACUAGGUCAAAGGUCAAGGUCACGGUGACCCUAAAUAGUAAAAUGGUUUCCGGAUGAUAACUCAAGAACGCUUACGCCUAGGAUCAUGAAACUUCAUAGGUACACUGAUCAUGACUCGCAGAUAACCCCUAUUGAUUUUCAGGUCACGAGGUCUAAGGUCAAGGUCACGGUGACCCGAAAUAGUAAAAUGGUUUCUGCAUGAUAACUCAAAAACACUUAAAUCUAGGAUCAUGAAACUUCAUAGGUACAUUGAUCAUGACUCGCAGAUGACCCCUAUUGAUUUUCAGGUCACGAGGUCAAAGGUCAAGGUCACGGUGACCCGAAAUAGUAAAAUGUUUUCUGGAUGAUAACUCAAGAACACUUAUACCUAGGAUCAUGAAACUUUAUAGGUACAUUGAUCAUGACUCGCAGAUGACCCCUAUUGAUUUUCUGGUCACUAGGUCAAAGGUCAAGGUCACGGUGACUCAACGUAGAAAAAUGGUUUACAGAUGAUAACUCAAGAACGCUUACGUCUAGGAUCAUGAAACUUCAUAGGUAAAUUGAUCAUGACUCGCAGAUGACCCCUAUUGACUUUCAGGUCACUAAGUCAAAGGUCAAGGUCACGGUGACUUGACACAGUAAAAUGGUUUCCGGAUGAUAACUCAAGAAAGCUUACGCCUAGGAUCAUGAAACUUAAUAGGUAGAUUGAUCAUGACUCGCAGAUGACCCCUAUUGAUUUUCAGGUCACUAGGUCAAAGGUCAAGGUUACAGUGCCAAAAAACGUAUUCACACAAUGGCUGCCACUACAACUGACAGCCCAUAUGGGGGGCAUGCAUGUUUUACAAACAGCCCUUGUUAUUUCUAUAUUUAGAAUAUGUUUUACAGAAAUUCAUUCAAGCAAAUGGCGCAAACAUCAUGCGGCGUCUCAUCUGGGUCUAUGCUGUUUGCACAGGCCUUUUUUCUAGACGCUAGGCAUAAAUGGGUUAAAGUCAAGUUGCCCAGUCAGACUAGUGCAGUACAAUUUCACUUGUUGGAACCAACUUAUAUCUUGGUCUGACAUUAUCAAUUAAUAUACUUGGUAAGUUUGGAGCUUUAUUAUUUCACAGAUAUGAUUGAUGAACACAUAUGUUUAACAUGUUUCUAACUCAGGAGGGAGUGAUACAUAGCUUGUUUGAAUAUAUACAUUCAUUUGUGUAUCGUUCACUUAUUUUAUUGUCUUAAUUCUUAAACAUGAAUAAGUCCCUGUUAGAUUUAAGGGACAUAUUUGCUUGACUACUGUGCAAUAAUUAAACCAGCCAAGAGUACCAUUUUUUGUAGAACAAGGGAAAUAAUCUCAGUUUCUGAUUAACUGGUAUACCUUUUUGAACAGCAACAGUUACCUACCUUGAAUUGCUAACACUCAUUUAGUAACACUUUUUGCAAAGGAAAUAGAGAAGGAUUUAUUGAUAUUAGUUUAUGAGAAAUCCUGCAAACGAUAUCUAUGAAAAUUAAGCUUCUACUGUAGCAAUGGGCUGAUUAAUGUUAUCAAAAAUCUUGACAAACAGAGCCAUUUGUCGCAAAAAUUGUCCAUGUGUUAAAAAUACCAAAACCUUCUUUCAUAAACAAAUAUGUAGAUAUGAGAAAGUUGAAAGUUUGUAAGUUGUGGGUUUGUUAUUAAUACAUAACCUAAGACAUGCGUUGGAAUAGUCAUUUUAAUUUGCUUUGUCAGACAAAUAAUUUUCAUAAUUGUAUCUGCAUUUUAGCAAGUAUUGAUUACUAAUUUAUUACAUACAUAUUUUAGAUUACAUAAUUAUGUUAACUGACAAAUCACUUCAAUUUAAAAAAUGUGUGGUGUUUGACAAUCUUCUUUUGCAUAAUUAUAAACUAAUCAAUAUACAAGUCAUAUUUACACAGUAAGUUUAAACAACACUUAUUAUGUGAUUUUAAGCAUUUUUGUUACAACCUGAAUAACCAUACUGUUGAAACAAUUACAUUAUGAGAUGAUAAUUCUGAAUACUUGCUAUUAGACAUAUUUUGUCAUGAUCAAUGGACUGGUUUAUCAAGCACUAUUGUCUCUGAUUAAUCAACCAAUAGGUUGAGCACUGAUUCAAACCUCUGAAUCAUAGGGAUUCGGCAGUACAUAUACUAAAUAGGUUGUAUAUGUUGUUGUUAAGGUUGGGACCAUGACUGUGAAUAGGGCUUUGUUUUGUUAACAUUCUGGUUUUGAUACACAGAAACUUUAAUGAUGUAAGGUUGAGACAUUUAUUCUGUCAGUUUCACAGUUUUGGGUGAGACAAACUGAAACUGAUUUCCUUAAAUUUAUUAAAAUAUUACUUUUGUUUUUUUAAUACAACGGUGUUCAUACCAUGUAACAUGUGUUUUCUCAAAAUCUGACUGAUAGAUGUUUAAGUUUUUUUUUACUUUCCACAAGCCGUCUGCUUCCCAAACCAUUUACGAACUGCACACAAAUGUCUGUUUUAUAAUAUAAUUUAUCCCAGCCAAAACUGUGAGACUGUCCUUUUCAUUGUUAGCUCACCUGAGCACAAAAUGCUGAGGUGAGCUUUCAGGAUACCUUGAUAUCUGUCAGUCUGUGCGUCCGUGUGGGCCUUAACUUUGUCCUAAUUACUUCUUCUCUUACACUGUUUUGCAGAUUUUAAUUAAGCCUUUCCCAUUCAGAAGCAAAGUGAAAGUAUAAAACAAGAACAGCCUGCGAGUCACCCACAGACUGUUCAGGUUUUAUGCUGUUUGCUGCUCAUCAGUAUCGAAGGGUUGGAAAUGAAGCCUUUUAAACUUGAAUUUAUUAUGAAGGGUCUAUAAUUAAAUCAAACUUUCUAAGGGCCUACAAAUGUGUCAAAAUAUGUAUCUAAGGUGUAAAGGGUUAACUUUGUCCUGAUGAUCUCUUCUCUUGAACUGUUUUGCAGUUUUAAAUGAAAUUUGAUCGGAACUAUCCUAAGGUAACCCUCUUCCAAAUUAACUUCUUGUGAAAAAUUGUGAGUACUUAAGAAGGUGCAUUUAUUGUCAAAUCAAGUAAAGAAUCUUUUUAUAAUGAUAUCUAAAUUAAAUUCGAAAAUGGUUUAGGAAACCUCACAAAGGCUGCUCAAAACAGUCCUGUUCUCCAAUGUUUCAGGUAAGCGACCUUGGGCCUAUGGCCAUCUUGUAUAUUAAAUAUAUUUGUGUGCUUCCAUUCAGUGCUUUGUUUAUGUUUGUUAGAUGAUAAUUGUUAUUGUUGUGUUAUUGUUAAAUAUUUUUAUAAACAAACACCAAAUAAAUUAAAACGUUUAGGAAAAGAAAUAAGUAUUAAGGUUUUACUGUUGACAAAGCUUUUAUGUAUAAAAUAUAUGAGCCGGGUUUAAUGCAUGUGCAUAAAGUCUUGUCCCAGAUUAGCCUAGGCAGUCGGCACUAACUAAUCAGCUACGACACUUUCUGCCGAAACUUGAUUUUUGGUAAGAAUAGUCUUUCUUGAAACAAAUAAAUAUCAUAAAAGUGAAAGUGUCGUCCCUGAUUAACUUAUGUAGACUCAGCAGCACAUGCUAAUGCCGAACGCCUUUUUAAGCACAUGCAUUAAACUCCCUUUUCAUAGAGCACGGCCCAUAUGUUGAAUUUUGUACUUGUUUGUUGUUGACUUUAGGAAUUUUAGCAUUCUCAAAGAUUAUAAGCCUUUGUUGUUUUUGAUAUUUAGCCAUAUUGAUACUUCUCUAUGACAGUAUCUAUCAUUUUAGUUCACAUGUGACUUUGUUUGAUAAUUCUUUUAGCUUAAUUUUACUUAUUUGGAUUUCACUUCUUAAUAUUGAACAGACUUCUUUUACAUUUGUCUUAAUUUUAGCCAUGGAAGUUAUCCAGCAAUUUGCUUAAUUUUAAGUUACAGGUGGUGUAUUUUAAAUCAUUUUUAUGUAUUUUUGUUCAAAUUGUCUAUUAAUUUAUGAUAUAAAUUGGUCUAUGUAAAAUAUUCGCCUGCAGUAUUAACAUGGACAUAUUUUGUAGUAUUCUAAUUAAUACCAUGCUUUAUAUGUAACCCAUAUACCGGUAAUCAAAAUGUGCCAGUAUUAAUGUAUAUGAGAGUAUGAAUAUAACGCUACAAUGAGCCACUUGGGAAAACUGGGCCUUAUGCAUGUGCAGGAAGUGUCGUCCCAGUUAACCUUUUCUUACUCAGAGGCAAGGUGAAAAUGGCUUUGUUCAAACAGCAUAAAACCAGAGCAGCCUGUGAGUAACUUGCAGUCUGUUCAGGUUUUAUGCUGUUUGCUGCUCAUCAGUAAGUAAUGGUUGGUAAUGAAGCCUUUAAAACUUUAAUCUUGUAUGAAAGGUUUUUAAUUAAAUUUAGCUUUCCAAGGGACUACAUAUGCAUCAAAAUACGUAAAGGCAUCUAAUCAAUGAGGACAUUUUACGUAUGAACUAGAUUUUUUAUGAGAAAGGACUUCUUUAAAAAAAGUGGGGUGGGGGCGGAGUGUCAUCUCUAUCAGCCUAUGAGGACUGCACAGCGUCAUCUAGGAGGUCACUUUAUGCAAAUGCAUUAAGGACAUUAUUCCCAGUGCCCGGUUCAUAUUUUAUGGUAUUUUUAGCUGAACUCCAACAAAUAGUUCCAUAGUUACUACUAAUCUGUCAUUGGCAUGGGGGUUAGACUCAGGUUAAGGUUUGCCUGCAACUACUCCAUAAAUAUGAAAUAUGCAAUAGUUUCCAAUACAAAUUCAAUUGUUGGUUAUGAAUGUUAACAUGAUUUUGUAUACCUUCUGGGAGUGUAUUUGUUUGAUAUACAUAUAUGUAUGUGGUUUUCACGCAGUUUGAUUGCUAUUGGGGCCUACCAGACUGCCUUUUUCAAGGUGUUCUGGCAAUGUUGAUGUGAGAUAUACCUUUAGGGGUCCAUUUUCUCAAAGCAUCUGAAGUGAUUCCCCAAAAAGGUUUACUCAACAAAAAAUGUUCAUUCUUGUGUGAUAUCUUUUUAUUUUCGAUUAUUUUACAAUGACAAUUAUUUACCAAAGUAAUCAUAUUUAACCAAUGUAUUUGGUUCGUAUUCAGAUAAAUAAUAUUUAAAGAUCACAGUACAAAAAUGCAAAUUAUAUACUGUUUUGAUAUAUUUAGUAAAAAUGCUUUUAUAAUGAAUUUUUCAUAUUUAAAGGAUAACUUAAGAUGUACGUUAUGAUUCUAUGUAACAAUUGAGUGAAUUGACCCUCGCAUGAAUGUUGUAUAUACUGUACUAUAAUAGCAUGUGUCUUAUAAUGGUUGGCUAGGAAACAUUUACAUUUUCUAAUUAAUUACCGGUGAAUUGAACAUGCCCCGUGUUAUGCAACUUUAAAAGCCGUAUAUAUGGCUUGGUGAAAUAUCAUCAUGUUGUAUGUUUGCUUACUUUCAUUUUUGGUAUAUCUAUAGUUCUAUUAUUAUUUCAUAAUAAAUGACAUUUUCAUGGAUUUUAGUGUUCCGGCAUUGCAUUUGUAUUAUACACAAUACAUCUAUGUAGUCAAUGGUUGCAGUAAUCAUAAGGACUAAGGCAUAUGUAAUGAAUACUUGCCUUACAUUGAUAUUUGUUAACCCAUUAAGAAAGUCUUAUACUCACUUUCAAUAUCACAUGACCUCACACCAUUGAGAGAAUUUCAGACUGUAUGUAUAGAUACAUAUUCCAUGGUGCAGUCAGUUUUGUCUACUGUUGAGACAUGCUUUGUCAGUAGAAUAGAGUUGUGUAUUAAUUGCUUCUUAAUUAAGUAUCAUUGCAACAGUCAGGUCGAGUAUUGUACUGGUAUAUGUAAUAAAAUUCUUGACAACUUAA